GUUGCCUUUCUCUAUUGGCAGUUUGGAGAAGUUGAUAUUGACAGUACACUCGUUGCUGAUCAUUCUUCCGUGGCUGAGGACAUUAUCAUGGUUAAUAAUGGCUGUCUCUGUUGCACUGUGAGGGGAGAUCUGGUGAAAAUGCUUCUGAAAUUAGUUAAAGAAAAAAGAGACAAAUUUGACCGUAUUGUUAUUGAAACUACAGGACUUGCUAAACCCUCUCCUGUAAUUGAAACUUUCUGCUCAGAUGAAUUGGUUGCAAGGCAUGUAAAGCUCGAUGGUGUAGUCACUUUAGUUGACUGUAAGCAUGCGAUGCAACAUUUAAAUGAAGUGAAGCCAAGAUGGGUCGUGAAUGAGGCAGUAGAGCAAGUUGCUUAUGCUGAUCGGAUAAUAUUAAACAAGAUAGAUCUAGUAAGUGAAGCUGAAUUGGAAACCCUGGCUAAGAGGAUUAGGAAUAUAAAUGGGAUGGCACAAAUACAACAAGCUAAAUUUGGAGCUGUUGACAUGGAUUUUGUCUUAGGGGUGGGUGGAUAUGAUCUUGACAGGAUUGAGUCAGAGAUUCAUGUUGAUUCAAACCAGCAUGCUGUGCAUCAUUGUGAACAUGGGCAUGAUCAUCAUGAUCAUGUACAUGAUUCAGCAGUCUCUAGUGUCAGCAUUGUUUCUGAAGGAACUCUCGAUCUUGAUGAGUUCAAUGAUUGGGUUGAGAGAUUGGUUGAUGAAAAGGGUGACGACCUUUAUAGAAUGAAAGGUGUUAUAUCCGUCAAUGAAUCUACAGGACGCUAUGUUUUUCAGGGAGUGCAGUCAGUAAUUGAUGGAUGCCCAGCAAAACCCUGGGAAUCUGGUGAGAAGCGGAUCAACAAACUUGUAUUUAUUGGAAGAAAUCUGGAUGAAACUGCUUUGAAGAAAGCUUUUAAGGGUUGCUUAAUUUGAAAAUUACAUAUUACUUAUUUGGAAACAAACAUCAGUACUAUUGCUGAAGGAAAUCUAAUUGAAGCAUGUGAAAUCAGAGAUUGUUUUGGUGAUUAAACUGUUAUUGGGAGCUUAUUAAUGAAUAUUUUUUAUUGUUUAAACUACAUUAAGUUUUGUUACUGUUUAGUGACCUUUGUAUAGGACAAUGAAAACUGUACAAUAGAUAUUUGGGAUCAAAUUAAUGAUCUCUAUGAUAUUGAAUCAUCCUGAAACAACAGACUUGGAAUUGAUUGGUAUUAUGAAAAUUAAUCG